AUGGACAAGAUGGCUGGAGCUGGGGCAGAACACUCCUGGGUGAUGAAGGCACUUAGUGGCAAGCCAUCCCGUGCUUCACAAGGCAUCACCGUGACCUGGGCAGGCUGGUUCCCAGAUGCUUUCUUCGAGCCAGAGGCAUGCCAUCGCUUUUUUUUCGCUUGCUUGAGUGCAGAUGCUUCCCGAUGCAGAACCUCGAACAUUGCACCAACAAGCCCGGCACAGGCGAGACACGAGCCGAAGCCAGAGCCUACGACUUCUCAGACCAGCGGCAACGUCUCCGAAGGCCUUGACAAGGGCCACCCCAUGGCCGACGACUUUGCUGCAGCUGCCAUGGAGUCCAGACCGGCUCCCUCCGAAGCCACGGAAAGAAUUGAAGGCUCUGAGCCGCUGUUUCAAGCAAGCUGGCCCACACCUCGUGGAGACCCAGUCUCCUAUGGCCCAAAGGCACCGCUGCCCCCAACCCCCAUAACGCCCCCCAAGGCGAAGCCACCUCCACCGGUGCUUCCUCAAGCCUUCCCACGCCCUCCCCAGCCGACGCCAGGACCAGAAGCUGCACAGCAACGAAGCCAACAACCACAUGCCGACGCCUCUGCUGAUCCUCCCUCGGCAUGCUCAGCAGCUCCACUCCCACAAGCGACGUCAAGCAGCUCCGGCUCAGCAGCCUGCCCAGGACGCAGUCCAAGCGUGGAUGCAGAUUCAACAAACCUGACAGACCGGCAAGCCAGUGAGCCGGACCGACACCUGACACAACCUCCCGCACCAAAGGCUCCACCGCCGCAGCUUGCUCAGCUUGAAAGAACGCUCGCACACCCUCCACGGCGCGAUGGCCCCGACAAGCUGACGCUCAGCCCGGAAGCUCCACAGCUACGAAGCCACCAACCAAAUGCCAGCACCUCCGGAAAUCAUCCCUCGGCGUGCCCAGCAGAUCCACACCUGACACAACCUCCCGCACCAAAGGCUCCGCCGCCACAGCUUGCUCCUCGCCCUGCCCAUCCGCCGCUGCAGCCUCCACGGCGCGAUGGCCCCGACAGGCCGGAAGCUCCACAGCUACGAAGCCACCAACCACACACUAGCACCUCCGCAAAUCAUCCCUCGGUGUGCCCAGCAGCUCCACUGCCAGAAAGGACGUCAAGCAGCUCCGGCUCAGCAGCCUUCUCAGGACGCAGUCCAAGCCUGUUUGGCUACGCUCAUAGUGUGGAUGCAGAUUCAACAAGCCUAACCGACCGGCAAGCCAGUGAGCCGGAGGGACGCCUGGCACAACCUCCCACACCAAAGGCUCCGCCGCCACAGCUUGCUCAGCUUCAACAAACGCUCGCACGCCCUGCCCAGCCGCCGCUGCAGCCUCCACGGCGCGACGGCCCCAACAAGACGCUCAGGCCGGAAGCUCCACAGCUACGAAGCCACCAACCACACGCCAGCACUUCCGUAAAUCCUCCCUCGGCGUGCCCAGCAGCUCCACUGCCAGAAACGACGUCAAGCAGCUCCGGGUCAGCAACCUUCCCAGGACGCAGUCCAAGCUUGUCUCGCUACGCCGAUAGUGUGGAUGCAGAUUCAACAAGUCUGACCGACCGGCAAGCAAGUGAGCCGGACCGACACCUGGCACAACCUCCUGCGCCAAAGGCUCCCCCGCCACAGCUUGCUCAGUUGUCCUCCCAGGCUGAACGCCCCCUCCUGCGUCCUGCGCAGCCCCUUGUGCAGCCUGCGCGAAGACAUGCGAGCAAUCCUUCGUUCGAAGGCUGCACGUGGCAUCACCAUGGCGGCCAGCACCAAGCCGCAGAUGAGAGCAGGACAAAUGGUCCUGCAAGUCUUUCUGGAAUCAACAAGAAUAUCAUCCAUCAAGCUGCAGAAAAUCAAGCUGGACUUCAUGACCAGGUCCCGAGUGCAGCUACUGCGCCUCCAAGCCCGAACUUCGGAGGCGGCACAGAUGUAGACGGAGGCAGUGCCGGAGGCCCCGAUGAAGUCGAUAGCAGGAGCUGCCAUGACGCUGACGAUAGCCUCGUGGAAGGCCCAGCCGAUGGGGACCCAAGCCAAGCCAGUGCAGCAGAAGCCGACCAGGCAGCCGUUUCUCCCCGCAGGCAAGGUGACGCUGAAAGUGGUUGUGAUGCUCAUGGCAGCUUUGUGACUCACGAGCAGUGCGAUGCAGAUGAUGCAGCCCUGGUCCUGCAGAGUCACGAGCACACCGACACGCAUGAGGAUGAUGCUCAUGGCAGCUUCGUGACUCACGAGCAGUCUGAUGCAGAUGAUGCAGCCCUCGUCCUGCAGAGUUACGAGCACACGCAUGAGGACGAGGGCGACGUCAUCGUCACUCAACCGAGCCGCGUCAGAAAAGCUGGCGGGCAUGAUGUUCAAGCCCUCACUGGAGAUGCCCUCCGCUCAACCUUGACACAGAUCUUCAGGGAAACGAAUGGCCCGAUGAUAUUUGAGAGAGAUGAGCCGCGGAGAAUAGGGGAUCGCGUGGAGGAGCUGCCUGUUGAGUCUAUCAAGUAUACGCACGAUCGGAUUGCGAGAACCUUCUGCCAUGGAAAACACGCAGGCCAAAAGAUCGACACUCUGGUGGAGGACAUCUUGCAAGGAGACGUGGACCCGCGGAAACACCCACGUAUGCGUCUCAAGGUUGUCCGUCAUGGUGGUAGCUAUUAUUCGUUGAACAAUCGGCGGCUGUGGGCUUUGAAGGAAGCAAAAGUAGGUAUGAUCAACGCACAUGUGUACGACCUGGAUCCUAUGACAGCCAAGUUCUUACUGGCAAAGUCGACCAUGUGUGAUGGAGCCGAUGUGCAGGUCGGGGGGCAUUCGCACUCUUCGCACUCGCACGCAAGGGCGUCUCAGCACAGCCGAAACCCUGAGAUUCAUUAUGCAGCUUCACCCGACUCUGAUCCCGGAGAGGUACCUGUGUGCGACAGAGGCGUGCAGACAAGCGAUGCCGAUCCGCCCGUGCCAGAAGCACCGAGGACCGAGUUUUAUUCUCUCGGUUCAUCGUCAGAGCUGGAGCUCCCAUCGGACUCUGACGAUACAGACGACCGGCAGGGUGUUCCUCGGCAUGCUUCCCUGCUAAGCGCGCGAGAAGACGAGCCCUUUCCGGAAGAGUUGAGGGAACUCUGCGAGCAUCAUGGCCGGCUGGUGAGAUGUGGACACCCAGGAAGUCCAAUCAGUCGGGAUGGGGAGGAGGCGUAUUUCGGCUUCUGCAAAUCAGUCUUGAAACUGCGAGGCAAACCUCUCAAGAGAAUGCUGGAUAAUUUGGCGGAGAAAGACAUUGUCAUUGAUUUCUUGCUGGAGUUUGCUGCUUCCAGGAAUAUUCAUCGCAGCACAGUGCAAGAAGUUCUGAACGAACUUGCUGCAUGUGCUGGAUGGCAUCAUGCAUUAUCCAAAGAAGAGAAUCUGCAGCGUUUCAGGCAGCUCUCGCAGUCCUCCAAGAGGCUGCAGCCCAAGAGACCACAUCACCUCGCGGUCAGCGAUGGAGCCAGAAGCCGCACUACCGGUGGCCAUGAACUUCGUGCAAUCUCCAUGGCCGAGAGACUUCGGCAAAUCGAACCGUGGCCGCUGGAGCGAGUUGAUCUCGAACAGAAGGGGGAGGAGACGUGGAAGAAGGCAAAGAAGCUUGCCAGGGCGAGCGCAGGUGAACCAGCACGCCCGCGUACCAACUACGCACAUGCUCCAGCCGGACAGACCUUAAAGGAUUUCCUCAAAUUUGCCGCCAAGUUUGGAAAGCUGCGGCCCUACCAGCGAGAUAUUGCCGAGGUUCUGGCGACGAUUCACAGAUCUGAGCUUUACAAAGAGGUGCAGAACCAGUUGGAAGAUGACAUCUGCAAGGCCUUGAAAGACAUUCUAGAACGAGGCAUUGUCCCGAGCGAGCCAUAA